AUGGUUAGGACCAGAGGAUUAGGUCGUGCCUUAGGUCAGGUCACUCGCAGAGGUGUGGGCAGAGGAGAUCAUGAUGAUUCCGAUGAUGCUCCACAGCGUCGACGACCUACUGCAUCCACACGAAGGCAGCGAGUCGCUGUGACUGCGGAUCAUGUUGAUGAGCCAGUCAUCCCUGACCCAGACGUUCAGGAUGACCCGAUGGAGGCACCAGCUGCUAUGGAGGACAUUCCUGUGGACAUUCCUGCGGACGCAGGCGCAGAGGUAGCUGAGGAUCAGCCUCAGGGAUUUCCGGGUGGUCCGAGCGACCCAUCUGUGCUUACAGCGUAUGCGGAUCACGUUGCUUGCAGCGAGCGUCCUGAAUUGAAGUUAUCCUCGCAUGGGAGGAAGGUCCAUAGUUUAGGCAGGCCUGUCCUUGCCAUUGAGGGACUCAUCGCUAGUACAGGACUAAGUCCUCUGAUCGCGUGUUCGGUAGACACCGGCGAUCGGGGACUUUUGUCCGCGUUUGUGGAUCGGUGGCACCGGGAGACAUCUAGUUUCCAUCUCCCAAUGGGUGAGCUCACCAUCACAGUGGACGACAUCUCCUCUCUUCUCCAUCUUCCCAUUAUAGGCGACUUUCACGCAUUUGAGCUCUUGCACGUGGAUGAUGCGGUUCAGAUGCUGGUGGACUUGCUGAUGGUGUCUCCAGAGUCUGCUAGGGCUGAGACAAUCCAGUGUCGUGGACCGUACGUACGCCUGCAAUGGGUAUGUGAUGUAUAUCAGUGCCGAUGCCAGGCAGGUCAUUGGACAGCUGCGGCUCGUGCAUAUCUUCUUCACCUGCUGGGUUGCACUCUGUUUGCUAACAAGAGUGCAACCAAUGUCCAUGUUGUCUACUUGGAGGCCCUUCAGGACCUCAGUAUGACAGAUAGGUACGCUUGGGGAGUGGCUGCUUUGGUUCAUAUGUACGACCAGCUAAACGAUGCAUCCCUGAGCCACAGUCGACAGCUUGGCGGUUACAUCACACUGCUGCAGUGCUGGAUUUAUGAGCACUUUCCCUCAGUUGCGGAGUCCACCGCUGAUCAGGACUACGACGAGGCUUCUCCGCGUGCGUGCAGGUGGAUUGCGACGAAGAAGACCGUGAAGAGCAUUCGCACGCCGUUGUAUAAGGAGCGCCUGGACCGACUUCGGAUUCCGGAUGUCUGUUGGAUCCCAUAUGGGGAGCAUCGGGAGAGAGGGUCGUGCGGCAGUUUGGUUACACGCAGACCUGUGAAGAGCAUUCGCACGCCGUUGUAUAAGGAGCGCCUGGACCGACUUCGGAUUCCGGAUGUCUGUUGGAUCCCAUAUGGGGAGCAUCGGGAGGUCCGGGACUUCCACGUCAGAUCAUGCUACUCCGGUCUCUUGUGCUGGGGGCCUGUUGCUGUGUAUUACCGACCAGAGAGGGUCGUGCGGCAGUUUGGUUACACGCAGACCAUUCCUGCUCCUCCUGUCGAUUCAUGGGUCUCGUAUGAUGAUAUAUACGACAGGUGGAUGCACUACGAGGAUCAUAUCGUACCUGCAGGUGAGGUGUGCGUGGUGCCAGGGGCGUGUUCCAGUGACUACAUCGACUGGUUCUUCCGCAUCUCCCAUCCUUUCAUGACACCAGGCCACGCAGUGGAUCCUCUACCUCAUGGUCACGCCCCGCAACCCCAAGUCGUCCCUCAGGCCCCGCAGACGGAUAUCCCUCGCGUGCCGGAGCUAGGAGCAUCUUCGACAUCUACGGAGGAGCCCAGACAUGUAGUGGAAGUUUGUGAUGAUAUUGUUGAGCGGUUGGAGCGCCAUCUGAGUCUAGGGGUGGUCACGCCUGGCUCAUCGACACAUGAGGUGAUCGAAGAAUGCCUCAGAUUGGCCAGGAGUGUCACACAGGACCAUCUAGUAUACGUUAGGUGUAGACACAGGCGGCGCACUGAUCAGGCUUAG